GACCCCCUCUCAUUCUGAGUCUGAACCGAGCCAGAUUGCUAUCACAGACGCCUACAUCACUGAGACUUUUCAGCUGACCGGGAUCACUGACGCCUUCAUCACUGAGACUUUUCAGCUGAUCGGGAUCACCGACGCCUGCAUCGCGGAUACAAUCCUGCCAACCACUAUCGCAGACACCUGCAUUGCUGGCACAAUCCUGCUGACUGCUAUCACAGACGCCUGCAUCGCCUGGCACGAUCCUGCCUGGUCAACAGAGACAGAGAAGUGCAGAUACUGAGCAGAGGGCAGGAGAGGAACACAAAUACCCCCGAGCAGAGGAACUCCGAAAGAGAGAGAGGCGGUAGGGCAGUUAAAAGAGAGAGAAGGGUGAAAGCAACAGGGGCAUCGGGGGCAUCCUGCUGGGGGUGGAACAGGGGCACAACCGGUCCUUAAUCGGGCUAUAGAGGGACGGCUGUUACCAUGGGGUCCAGUUCCUCAUCCUACACCCCAAAAUCCAUCUAUCUGGACGUGGAUGGAAAAGUCCAGAAGGUGGUGUUCAGUCGUCACUGUUCUCCAUGUGACAUUAAAGAACUCCUCUGUUCCUCCUCCAACAUACCCAGGAACACAGCCAUCAUGAUGGUAGACCCCGAGGGUGCCCUGGUCUCAAUUGACCCCACCAUGCCAACUAACUCCCCCAGCUCCCUGUACAAGGUGGUGCCCCUGUCAACUGGACAACUUGGAGAGAAGGAGGACAUGUUCCAGAAUGUUCUAUCCCAGGUGGCUGAGCAGUUCAGCAAGGCUUUCCGAAUAAAUGAGCUGAAAACAGAAGUGACCAACAGGCUAGCCAUGCUUGAAAAGAGAGUGGAGUUGGAAGGCUUGAAGGUGGUAGAGAUCGAGAAAUGCAAGAACGAUCUCAAGAAACUCCGUGAUGAGAUGACCUCCAGAGCAGGCGGAAGGGUGAACUGUCCGUGCAGGUAUAACUUCUCAGAUGAUGGGAAGAAGCUAACUCCUCGCCGUGACGUCCCUAGCUAUCCAAAGUACACACUUUCUCAGGAGACCAUCGAGGCUCUGAAAAAGCCCACCUUUGAUGUCUGGCACUGGGAACACAAUGAGAUGCUGAGCUGUCUGGAGUACAUGUAUCACGACCUCGGGCUGGUGAAGGAGUUCAACAUGAACCCCAUCACGCUCAAGCGCUGGCUGCUAGCCAUCCAGGAGAACUACAGGAACAACCCCUUCCAUAACUUCCGCCACUGCUUCUGUGUCAGCCAGAUGAUGUAUGGCAUGAUUCACCUCUGCAACCUGCAGGAGAAGCUGACUUUGACAGACCUGGGGGUGUUGAUGACGGCCGCUGUUUGUCAUGACCUAGACCACCCGGGAUACAAUAACACGUAUCAGAUAAAUGCGCGCACAGAGUUGGCUGUGCGCUAUAAUGACAUAUCUCCUCUGGAGAACCACCACUGCGCUGUGGCCUUCCAGAUCCUCUCUCUGCCCGAGUGCAACAUCUUCGCCAACGUAGAGCCUGAGGCCUAUAAGCAGAUCCGACAGGCCAUCAUCACCUUGAUCUUAGCCACAGACAUGGCACGACAUGGCGAGAUACUGGAUUCUUUCAAGCACAAAGUGGACAAUUUCGACUUCACCAACGAGGAGCACGUCACAUGUUUGAAAAUGGUCCUGAUCAAAUGCUGUGACAUCUCUAAUGAGGUGCGGCCGACGGAAGUGGCAGAACCGUGGGUGGACUGUCUGCUAGAAGAAUACUUCAUGCAGAGUGACCGGGAAAAGUCAGAAGGUCUCCCAGUUGCCCCCUUCAUGGACCGAGAAAAAGUCACCAAGCCAACGGCUCAGAUCGGAUUCAUCAAGUUUGUGCUCAUUCCCAUGUUUGAGACAGUCAUGAAGCUCUUUCCCCAGAUAGAGGAGAUCAUGGUCCAGCCCCUCAGGGACUCCCGUGAUCACUACGAGGAACUCAAGCAGAUUGAUGACGCCAUGACCGAGGCACAGAAGAAAAAAACUGAGAAUAUGUCACUAGGAGGGAAGAAGAAGUGAGCUUUACGAGCCGUGCUGUGAAGUGCUAUGUGGUGAGAGUGGAUCUCAUUUUCUGCUGCGAUUCCAAAGUGCAAAGCGUUUGUCCUUUUAAGACUGUAGUCGUGUCCUGCAGUACCAAGGCUAGCCUGGAGGGGAAGCUAGACCUGGGUGCCCACCCAGAGACGGAGCUGCUGAGGAGUCAGUCUCCUCUACGGGUGUGCAAUGGCUCUGACCUGACUCUGACCUGUCUUUGACCUUUGACCUGAUUUGCUUGGCUACUGGACAUCUGAAGAUCGGAGGAAAUCUUCCACAAUAUGUGGAAAAAGUCCAGAGGGGUAUUUCACAAAACCUAGAUAAGGGAUUAAGCUGGGAUUUUUUGGUUAUCUUGGAUGAA